AUGAAUUCAAGGAAACUUCGAACUCCAGCAAAUUGGUGGAAGCGUUUUGGAAGGAACACACCUGAGUUGACGAAGUUUGCUAUUCGGGCCCUUAGCCUUACUUGUAGUGAAUCUGGGUGUGAGAGGAAUUGGAGCACAUUUGAGCAGAUUCAUACAAAGAAAAGAAAUAGACUUGAACAUCAAAAGCUCAAUGCUCUAUCAGAUGAUGAAUGGAUAGCUGAGGUUGGAGAACCAAUUCUAACAACUGAUCUUACUUGGCUUAAUUCUCAAGAAUUAUAUGAUGUUGAUGUCAUCAGAAAUAUGCCCACUGAACCUUAUGAAACUGAUCUACAUACUCAAUUGCCUAUUUCUGUGGAGCCUAUUGGUGAUCCUAGGACUCAAGAGCCUAUUGUUCAUUCUAGAACUCAAGAUCCUAUUAUUGAUGAUGAUCUUAUUCUUGACGAUGAUGUUCUUCUUUCCUCGUUAGCUUAA